CAUAACCUUCAAAUAAAUAUUUUAUUCAUCAGAUAGGCCUACAUUUAAUUACUCGAAUCAAAUAUAGGCCAAGCAAAAUACUGACAGACAAUUUACGAAAACACCAUGAAAACAUUUUGUCCUAAGGUGUACUUUAGACUGCUGGCAUUCAUAAAACAAAUAAUAUUACGUCAAUACAUUACAGAUUCUUUUGUCUGUAAGUGACUUAGCCUACUUAUUUUCUCCCAUGCAUACACACAUACACCCUUCAGAUAUUAAGCUUUAAUUUAUUAUUAAUCAUCUUGACCUCCAACAGUUUACUGCUUCCAUUGUUCCACCCAUUUUACAUUCGGGGAAUUGUUUAACUAGAGUUAGGCAAUAUGCGAUAAAUCUCAAGACUAUAGCCUACCACCCAACCUCGCAGCUUUGUGCACACACCACAGUAUCAUAGACGACUCAGGAGCAAAGAAACCUGUUGGACAAGAUAUACGAGACACAGGUAGAGACCGACUUGAUGUCACGCAGCAGAUGACACAUUGCUGAGACCUGGGGAGGGUUUCAUGUUUAUGGUUGCGCCGUACGUUUAGCAAUCAGAUGUACAGGUUGACUUACAAUGGAAUUUGCUUGUGGGUUUGUAUAUGUGCCGCCAUCAGUGACUCAGAAGGACGAACAGCGAUCUAAUGUUAAACGCUCAGCGCUUCUCCCUCCUAUUAACCGGAUCCGUCCUCGCACUACCCCCCCCCCUCCUCCAACAACUUCUGCAGAAGUCAAAUCACCCCCCUCCAAAGAUUAUUGAGCAGCUGGAAAAGAGCAAGGAGGUGAAGAAGGCUGCAAAGGUCAUUUCCUUCUAUGAAAAUGCAGAAUUUCACAGUAGAACAGAUGCAGUGUCUUCCACCUGGAUAACCCCUCAGCAGACAGCACCACCUCGAAAAACAGCUCUUCUUCCACCACACAUGAGACCUGCAGCAAACAGCCAGUCCCUUCCUUACAGCCAGCCACUCAAUUCCCCCAAUCCCAACAGUCAGACAUUUAUCUAUGACCUCCCUAAAAGCGAGCCAAAUUUAAAUGGACAUCCCUGGGACCAAGACUACUCAUACACCAUACCAGAAGGCACGGGGGUCCAGGUGAAGCUGCCAGGUGAAGCUAGCAGCAUGUCUGCACAGACAUCAGCCUCAGCCCCUGCCCUUCCUCCCAGACCUUCAUUCAUGAAGUUAAUUCCAGAUUACCUGGUGCUGUUACCAUCAACACAUUCAUCUCCGUCAUCAUCUCAGAAAUCACUUUCAGACUUGCCACAUGUCCCAUCACCUACUAGUAAAGCAUCAGCAGAUAAGGGGCUUCUGCCAGGGAAUCCUAAUGUGGUCCUCAUCAGUUUAGGAAAAUUACUCUCUCAGGAAAGAGUGCAGGCCAUAGAUGGACAGCCCGUCUCCUGCUCCCAGUGUGGCGCUGUGCUGGACUCUUCCUACUGCAAUAUGGUUAAAGUGUGUUACUUCUGUCAGCACUGUGAGUCAGCCAGCUCUACCAGUAUGCCACAGUGUUUUCCAAGUGGUUAUCAGGAUAGCCUCUUUUUGCUCAAUCCUGAUGAGCAGCCCCUUUGUGCUGCUGAUGCUCUGCUGCUCUUCUGCAUCGACAUCUCAGGCUCCAUGAGCAUCACUUCCCAGGUGUCAGAGGGAGAGCAUACUAUCCACAGAUCCCGCCUUCAACUUGUCCAGGAGGCCGUGUUGCUGUGUGUUCAGAGACUAAGUGAACAACAACCUGACAAACGAGUGGGACUCAUCACCUUCAACCAACAGGUAACAAUGCAUGGAUAUGAGAAUUUCAAGACACAGUUCCUGAGCGGUGAUGUUUUGACUGACAUUGACUAUCUGAAAAGGGCUGCUGCCAGUUUCCCCAUCCCACCCCCACUCUCACAGACCAAGGACCACUUAAAGAGACAAGUUAUGGGAUUGUGUGAAAGUGGGACCACAGCUCUCGGUCCGGCUGCUCUCCUGACGAUUGCGAUGGCCUCCAGACAGCCAGGGUCUAAGGUGAUUAUCUGUACAGAUGGGAAGGCCAACACAAAGUUGGGGGAUCUGGAAGAAGAGGAUAUUGAUGCUCGUACCCUCCUCUCAUCCACCAUCUUCUACCAGGAGCUGGGCGAAUAUGCUGCCAGUCAGGGUGUGACAGUGUAUGUGCUGUCCAUAGAGGGAACAGACUGCAGGCUGGAUGAGUUGGGAAGACUCGCUGAUCGCACUGGAGGGAAAGUGGUUAUAGCAUGUCCUGUAAGGUUGCACGCAGAGUUCGAACAGAUCAUCGAGAACAGGACCAUAGCUACGCAUUGUUCUGUCACAUUACUUCUGCCCCAAUCACUGACUAUGAGAGGAGAGAGGGAGGCAGGACACAAAGGAACCAGAGAGGUGGGGAACGUGGACCCAGAUAAAGAGAUCACCUUCCAGUUUGGAGCCAAUGUAAAGGACAAAGAAGGCAAGAGAAGAAAUGUGUCAGCGCUAGCCUCUGGUAGCUGUGUGUCCAUCCAGCUGCAGAUAAGGUACAGACAGAUGGAUGGACAGACGAUGCUCAGAGUGAUCACUGCUAAUCGAGAUGUUACCGAUGACAGCUCGGCGGUCCUGUCCUCACUGUCUCUGGCCAUCAUUCAGCUCAACUCGUCACAGGCCUGCGCCGCUCUCGCUGUCAGAGGCCGCUUUGUCGACGCAAGGACGGAAGGAGAGCAGCAGAGGAAGUUGAUCGAGAGAGCAAUAGAGCAUAAUCACAGUGCAGAGGACGAAGAGAUAUACCAAGACUGGGUUAAAACCAUGGAGCCGAUAUACAACAACAUAAAUAACUUCACAAGGAGAAAAACUGUCAUUUCAGACUCACAGCCUCUAACAGACGCUGGUGCAGCGCUGCUCUACAACAUGAAGCACAGCAACAGAAAGUCCAUCUCACAGAAGAAUAAAUGUUUAGGAGCCUCCACCUUUUACCUUGUUUGAAGUCAUGAAUGACAAGCAUAAAUACUGCAGUUUGACUUUGAUUGUGUGGCUGAAUAAAUAUCCUUCAAAUAUUUCACAAUGUAAAUAAUGUAUUACAGUAUAGCAACAUUAAACAUGGUCUCAUAAAGAAACUCA